AUGACCCAUUUCUUGCAAAUUCAUGCCCAAAUGAUCCGGAAUCUUCUAUUCGAAGACUCUUUUGCAGCGAGCAAAUUGAUCGAAUUUUGUGCAGUUUCCGACUCCGGAAACAUUCAUUACGCCCGCAAAAUAUUCUCUCAGAUCUCCCACCCAAAUACUUUCACCUGGAACACCAUCCUCCGAGGUUACGCCAACUCACCCUUUCCCAGGCCAUCCCUUCAUCUUUUCAACCAGAUGCUCAAGUCCGGCGCCAAGCCCAAUUCUUUCACCUUCCCCUCCGUAAUCAAAGCCUGCGCCCAUCUUGCUGCAUUUGAACAAGGCAUGCAACUCCAUGGCUUCAUCUCUAAGUCCGGAGUUGAUUACGAUUUAUUCUCGAUUAAUGGCCUUAUUCAUAUGUAUGCUGUAUGCGGGAAGACCGAUUUUGCUCGUAGGUUGUUUGAUACUAGUUGCCAAAGAGACUUGGUAUCUUGGAAUUCGAUGUUGACCGGGUAUGUGAGUUGUGGACUUCUUGCACAGGCUCGUCAACUGUUUGAUGAGAUGCCAGAAAGGGGAGUUGUUUCUUGGAAUGUGAUGAUUAGUGGAUAUUGCAAGUCUGGUGACGUUGACACUGCCAGGAAGCUCUUCGAUGGGAUGCCCAUUCGAAAUGCAGAGUCUUGGAAUACGUUGAUCGCCGGGUAUGCUAAGUGUGGUCUUGUAGAAAAUUCUAGAGAUUUGUUUGAUCAGAUGCCUGUACGAAAUAUUAUCUCUUGGAGUGCAAUGAUAACUGCGUAUGCACAAGGUGACCGUCCUCUUGAGGCUUUGGCUUUAUUCGACAGGAUGAGGAAAGCUAAUUUGAAACCCAACUGGGCAACCAUUGUGAGUGCAUUAUCGGCCUGUGCACAUAUUGGAGCCUUGGAUAGAGGUAGAAGCAUCCAUCUCUACGUAGACCAGAGCAAGAUGAAGGUUGAUUCCAUUAUUGGGACUGCACUGAUAGAUAUGUAUGCUAAGUGUGGGAGCAUAGAAAAUGCAUUUAGGAUUUUUGACAUGUUAGCGUCCAAGGACGUGUUCUCGUGGACAGCCAUGAUUGGAGGGCUAGCCGUGAAUGGCCAUGCUGAGAAAGCCUUGGAGCUCUUUAGUCAAAUGGAAGGAGAUGGGGUGAGGCCUAAUGAAGUUACCUUUGUGGGUGUACUCAGUGCCUGUAGUCAUGGUGGCUUCGUGGAAUUGGCUAGGCAACAUUUUAAUUCAAUGAAAUUGGUUUAUGGCAUUGACCCACAAAUGGAGCACUAUGGUUGCAUGGUAGAUACACUUGGACGUGCUGGUCUUUUACAAGAAGCAGUGCCCUUUCUAGAAGCCAUCCCUGUGAAGGCUAAUCCUGUGCUGUGGGGUACCCUGCUUGGUGCUUGUUGGAUCCACCGGAAUGCCAAGAUAGGGGAGUAUGUAGGGGACCGUCUUGUUGAGCUCCAACCUGAUGAUGGUGGUGUUUAUGUGCUCUUGUCUAACAUCUAUGCCACAGUUGGGAGGUGGGAUGAUGCAAGGAGGGUAAGAGUGCUGAUGAAAUCAAAAGGCCUAAAGAAGAGCCCCGGGCGUAGCUCAAUUGAGGUCCAUGGUGCAAUCCAUGAAUUCUAUGCUGGAGAUAAAUCUCACCCUAGAAUAGAAGAGAUCUAUCUAAUGUUAGAUAAGAUCAGAUCAAGAUUGAAACUUGUAGGAUACACACCAAAUACAUCUCCCGUGUUGUUUGAUGUACAAGAUGAGGAGAAAGAACAUGCUGUUUCAUAUCACAGUGAGAAACUGGCAAUAGCCUUUGGUCUAAUCAGCAUGGAAGCUGGUGUUCCCAUCAGAAUAGUGAAGAACCUUCGGGUUUGUCAUGAUUGUCACACUGUCUCAAAGUUGAUCUCCAACAUAUUUAGUCGAGAUAUUGUUUUAAGGGAUAGGAAUGUGUUUCAUUAUUUUAGAGAUGGAUGCUGCUCUUGCAGGGACUACUGCAAUAGAGAUGGUGCCAACCGUGACAACGUAGUUGCACGUACCAUUACUGUCGAUAAGUGGGGCCAUGGCAAUUUCCGCAGUGUUCAAGAAGCCAUUGAUUCUAUUCCUCCAAACAAUAAGUGGUGGAUCCGGAUCCAUGUUGCUCCUGGUGUAUAUAAUGAGAAGGUGCGCAUACCCAAAGAAAAACCAUUCAUUGUUCUCGAAGGAGAAAACAGAAGAACAACUAUAAUACAGUGGAAUGACCAUGGCAAUGCAAUCACAAGUUGUACUUUUGCCUUGUUUGCAGAAAAUUUCGUUGCAAGAAAUAUUAGCUUCAAGAACUCAUAUGAUCAGAUUUCUCCAAGAGUACAUGGGAAAGUAGUCACCUGGGCACCAGCUGCUCUGAUACAAGCAGAUAAAGCUUCCUUUUAUUAUUGUGCUUUCAUCAGUUUGCAGGAUACAUUGACAGAUUCACAAGGCCGCCAUUAUUUCAAGUCAUGCUACAUAGAAGGCGCUAUUGACUUCAUAUGGGGCAAUGGUCGUUCUGUCUAUCAGGCAUGUGCCAUAAACUCAGUCGCGAGAGCCCUGAAUGGUAUUACAGGUUAUGUAACUGCCCAAGGCAGAAACAGUUCGGCAGAGGACACUGGUUUCAUUUUUCAACGUUGUGUUGUGUAUGGAACGGGUUCAACAUAUCUUGGAAGAGCAUAUGGAGGGUACUCAAGGGUGAUAUUUUACAAGACAGCCUUAUCCAACAAUGUUGUCCCGGAGGGAUGGUCGGCAUGGGGCUACACUGGCCAUGAGUAA